CGUCAAGACUCUAUGUUAGUCCUGUCCGGGCUUUUGGAGUGCGAACAUCGAAAUCUGUGUUCAGCAGUUUAAUUUAAACAAUAUAGUAGCGUUGACAAUUUUCUAGUUCUUGUUUUUCUACGUAUAGCGUCAGUAAUUUAAUUGUAAUAAGCAAAUUUUGAAGAUCUUUAUCCAAAAACAAUAAAUACGCAAAAUAAUCAUUAGAUUUCUAGAAGAAUACUGUUCAUUCUAGUUGUAACUCUAUGAACCGUUUUUCUGCUUGCUACUUAUCACGCUCUUAAUCUCUUUGUCAUUAUGUCCACCAUCGAUAAUAUACAGAGGUAUAAUUACAUCAAACUCUGUAUACAUGAGAAAAAUUCCGAGGAGGCUUUAGCAAUAUUGAAGAAACAUCCUUCACAGUCGAGGUUCUACGACGCCGAUGGUUCCAUUCAUCUCCACGGAGCAGUGUCCGAAGGUCUGAUCGACGUCGCUAUAUACUUGAUGAAGCAAGGCUGCGACGUCAACUUCGCGGAUAGCCAGGGCAACACAGCUCUGACGAUAGCAAUACAAAAUCUACCCUUUGAAUGUGAGACCCAGUGCAUCUAUUACCUGUUGUACUACGGAGCUAACUUGGCUCACAAGAAUAAGGCGGGCUUAAACGCACUAGGGAUCUUCGCACAGAAAAAUUACUUCAACAAAAAGAAUAUUCGCCAUGCUUUACUACUUGUGAUCAAGUCCUGCAAACUCAGCGACGUAGAGAUCGCGGCGCUUUUACAUGACGCUAACUGGCCUAUCUCUGCUGUCCUCGAUAUUCAGAAGCCAAACGUUAUAUCGAUGAUGGAAGAGAUGGAUGCCGAUGCUCGAAGACCAAUGUUACCGUCCCAAACAAUGAGUCCCUUCGAUGCACUACGCAGUCAAUAGCGACAACCUCAGCGUCAUUGAGUUCCUGAUCGAAAGAGGAACAAAGCUUCGAGCUAAGGACCGCAACGGCCGCCAACCCAACAGGACAAAAAUCGAGUCGACUGCCUGUACUUCGAGAAGAAGAAGACUGACCGAGUAUCUAAUUCGGAUACGUGUAUUAUUCAUUAUCUUUGUAAUUACUUAAGUAGUAGUCAAAUUUGACCAAUGAUAUCUGUCUUAUUUGUUUGAAUGUAAAUACCUCGACUGAACUCGAAAAGUUAAUAAUUUCGAGCACCCUGAAUGUACAUAUUUUAACCCCAAUAACCCAGUCAAAUAUGAAGCGUAUUUUUAAUGAAAGCUGUGUACAGCAAACUUUGUUCAAUAAAAGUUACAAUACCAACAAUAAACAAAA